CAAGACGCUAUUUUGUAGAGGGGAAGUUCUUAUAAAAAUCAAUAUGAAACUAAGCUCCAUCAAAAUAAAUUCUCAAUCUUCAACUCAAAAUGUUCUCAAAAGUUUUUCUGUGCUGUGUGCUUCUGGCGUUGACUUUCGCCAUGCCUCACGUGCGUGAAGCUCGAUCGCCCCAUUUGUUCAAAAAGAAGCCAAUUUUGGGCAACUUGUUCGGCGGCGGUGGCGGCUAUGGAGGAGGCUACGGCGGCGGCUACGGCGGAGGCGGAUAUUAUCCACAACCCGUGCACCACCCCCAACCUGUACACACCGGAAGUGCCAGUGUAGCCACCAGUUCGGCAGGAAGUUCCAGUCAUGGUCACGGCGGCUCGCAGAGCCAAAGCCAGUCGGCAGCCAUUGCCAUAGGGCCUUAUUCCGUUGCUUUAUCCCAAAGUCAGUCCCAGGCUUCUGGUGGCGGCGGAUUUUUUGACUACUAAGGACUGAAUUUUCUAUUAUUUAUUUAUUAGUUUAUUGUAGCGUUAGUGCAUUUUUGUUUCUAAUAAAAAUUAUUCCAGUA